CAAGUUAGGAACUGGAGCUAUUUUAUUUAGUACAGAGAAGUAACCUUCAAAGGGAGACAUAUUUGACUUCAGAUGUGAGAACACCAAUCCAUGAACGAUGAAAUAGAAUAGUUCAGGGUUGUUUCAGAAUGAAGAGAGAAUAGGAUGGGGAGAGGGUGAAGAUGGAUUGCAGUUACAAUUGCAAAUGCAAGACUAGCAAAGAAAUUCUGGAAAGGCUUCUUGCCACAGAGCCUCCUGGAGGCCAAGCUUCCCAUUCUGGGCGCCCUGAAAACUUAGGCAUUCUACAAGGUGCAGCUCUGUGAUCCAUUUUUUUGGCUAGGCACUGAGAACACAGAGUGCACAGUCUACUGGGAGAGAGAGUAACAAGUACCCAGGGAAUCACAGCACAGUGACAUCAAUACAGAGACAGCCCAGGGAAGAACUCAGAGGCUUCUGAUGUGAGGGAGGAGAGUUAGGAAGCUUCAGAGAAGACAUGAAAGGCAGAAAUAGAUGGGAGGGAAGGAGAGCGUAUUUAGCACUGGACCAGCUUCCACGAGCAGGGAGGCAGGACCUCAGAAAGACCUGGAUGGAAUAGGCCUAGAUGAAGCCACCACUCAGAGGUGGACUAAAACUCUGGACAGACACUUUGACAACACUUGCUCUCUACCAGAGCAGGAGAAUGUGCUACAGCGCGUCAUGCAGCUGCCUGUGGUGAGCGGCACCUGUGAGUGCUUCCAGAAGACAUACACCAGCACCAAGGAAGCUCACCCCCUGGUGGCCUCCGUGUGCAAUGCCUACGAGAAGGGCGUGCAGGGCGCCAGCAACUUGGCCGCCUGGAGCAUGGAGCCAGUGGUGCGCAGACUGUCCACCCAGUUCAUAGCUGCCAAUGAGCUGGCCUGCCGAGGCCUGGACCAUCUGGAGGAAAAGAUCCCGGCCCUCCAGUACCCUCCUGAAAAGAUCGCCUCUGAGCUGAAGGACACCAUCUCCACCCGGCUUCGAAGUGCUAGAAAUAGCAUCAGUGUGCCCAUCACAAGCACUUCGGACAAGGUCCUGGGGGCCACUCUGGCUGGCUAUGAGCUUGCGAGGGGGAUGGCCAAAGAGACUGUGGAGUAUGCUGCUAACACCAGAGCUGGCCGACUGGCCUCUGGAGGGGCCGACUUGGCCUUGGGCAGCAUUGAGAAGGUGGUAGAGUACCUCCUCCCUCCAGCCAAGGAAGAGUCAGCCUCUGUUCCUGGACACCAGGGGGCCCAGAAGCCUCCCAAAGCCAAGCCAAGCCUUGUGAGCAGGAUGGGGACCCUGGCCAACACCCUCUCUCGACACACCAUGCAGACCACAGCCUGGGCACUGAAGCAGGGCCACUCCCUGGCCAUGUGGAUCCCAGGCGUAGCACCCUUGAGUAGCCUGGCCCAGUGGGGUGCAUCGAUGGCCACGCAGGUGGUGUCCCGGAGGCAGAGUGAAGUACGAGUGCCCUGGCUGCACAACCUCCCUGCUGCUCAGGAUGAGGACCACAAUGACCAGACAGACACAGAGGGCGAGGAGACAGAGGAGGAGGAAGAAUCAGAGGCUGAGGAGAACAAGCUCAGUGAGGAAGCAGCCCUGCCCAGCUCCAGAGGCCUCCUGGGCAGUGUGGCACACACCCUGCAGAAGACUCUCCAGGGCACCAUCUCAGCUGUAACUUGGGCACCUAUGGCUGUGCUGGGCACAGCAGGGAGGAUACUGCACCUCACACCAGCCCCUGCUGUCUCCUCCACCAAGGGGAGGGCCAUGUCCUUAUCAGAUGCCUUGAAGGGUGUGACUGACAACGUGGUGGACACAGUGGUGCACUAUGUGCCGCUCCCCAGGCUGUCUCUGAUGGAACCUGAGAGCGAAUUCCGAGACAUCGACAAUCCCCCAGCUGAGACAGAGCAUCGGGAGGCGGAGCGCAAGGGCUCUGGCGCGCCGCCUACUAGCCCGGAGCCGGCCGCGCCGCGCUUGGCGCAGCACCGCGGCAGCCUUCGUAGCGCGCGGGGCCCAGGCCUGGAGGACAAGAUCGAGACGACCUCCGUACCGCGCUGCGGCUUCCUGGCCAUGCCCCGCGAGAAGCCGAAGCGCAGGGUCAGCGACAGCUUCUUCCGGCCCAGCGUCAUGGAGCCCAUCCUGGGCCGCACGCAGUACAGCCAGCUACGCAAGAAGAGCUGAGCCCCGGACGCCCGCGCCCCGCCCUGCCCCAAACGGCUGCGCCACCCCCAUGGGCUUGGGCGGGUUUCUCUAACAAAUCCUCAGAACCUACACUUUCAAGCGAGCAUUGACUCCUUCAGAGGAGUCCUCCUGGGAGCCCGAACCUCACCACAACCGUGCUGCCAAGGCACACAUCAUUUUAAAAGCAUCCUUUUGGGGCUUGACCAUCAGAGCAGAUUUUUAAGGGGCACUAGAGCAACAGCAUGCUCUGAUUUUCUUUUCAUUCAUUCUUUUUGUUUUAAUUAUAAAACUAAUUGCUUAACUUGAUAUCUCACAUUUUUAACGGAACUUGUAGCCAAAUGACAUUUGACUGUUUCCAAAAUUCAGAUCCCUCCUCUGUGGACAAAUAUUUUGCUUCCAAAUGAGUAAAAAUGUCACCACCCUGAUGUGGUGUUCUUGACAGGAGUUCUUGACACAUUUUUAGCCUUCAGCUCAGAGAUCCUCUGAUUAUCUAGGCUCUCAGCAAACUACUUUGAAGGGAAUAAUAAUCAAGUACAAAAGCUCUGUGUGUUUAUUUAAAAUAUUGGCAUCACUUUUUGAGGACACAGACCAAGUGCCUGGUCUGUCCUCUGUAGUGCCACCUUCUUGCUCACAGCCACAUUUCCAUUUGCAUCAUUACUUCCUUCCACUUGCAUAGUCACUUUUAAAUGCUGGGGGACUACAAUGUUAACGUUCCACCCCACGUAGUCUAUAUCAUAUAGACCGUAUAUAUGGACUCUAUAGCCACUGUUCUUUCCAGAUCCUGUUUUGGGAAAUGUUAAUACUUGGUAAAUCUAGGAAAUGCAUAAGUAUAAUUUAAAAAUUUAAACAUUGCAAAA